ACCUCAAUAGGCAUCAACUACUACUACUACUCAUCAUCAUCUAUUGCCUUCAUUUCCUGAGAUAGGACAACUAUCUAUACCAAUCACACACCACAGCCUGCUGCCUCCAACUGCCAAUUUCCUUUCCAUAAUUUCAUCCAAAAUGAAGACUUCAAUUCAGGGACAAGUUAUUGGAAUUCCAAUUGCCUCACUUUCAUAUCAGUUGGAUCAGAGGACUUCAAAGGCACUACUCCUUACUGAUGCGGCUACUCAAUUCCAUACUGAUAAAUUUCCUGAAGAUGUAUCUUCAACUUUGAAAAAAAGUAAAGUGCACUCAGUAUUAAACAGAAUGAACAAGCUUGGGAAGAAAGCUGACAUUUUUGCGCAUGGAAUUAAAGAGCAUGUGAGAAUGGGACCUAAGAUCACAGAAACUGUGAAAGGAAAACUGAGCCUAGGAGCUAGGAUUCUUCAAGUUGGUGGGGUUGAGAAAAUCUUCAAGCAAUUAUUCAGUGUAGGAGAAGGAGAGAAACUAUUGAAAGCUUGUCAAUGCUAUUUGUCAACCACAGCAGGCCCCAUAGCUGGCCUUCUCUUCAUCUCCUCAGACAAGAUCGCCUUUUGCAGCGAAAAAUCGAUUAAGUUUUCAUCCCCAAAUGGAGAACUGAUUAGAGCUCGUUACAAGGUUGUGAUCCCAGCAAGCAAGAUAAAGGGGGUCAACGAAAGUGAGAAUGUAAAGAAACCAUCACAAAAGUACGUAGAAAUAGUUACAGUUGAUAACUUUGAUUUCUGGUUCAUGGGGUUCUUCAAUCACCAGAAAGCCUUCAAGUGUCUUCAACAGGCAGUUUCUCAAGAUUAGAGAAACUACUUGCAAAACUCCACCAAAGGAUUUAUUGGUACUGUAGAUUAACAGCAAAAUUGUCUAUUUCAUUCAGUUUUGCUUUAAAAUCACAUGUAUUUAUGUCAGACUAGCUAGUAAGAGCUCAAUACGGUUACAAAAAUUGUACAAAUUUUUGUUAAUGAGGAAAAAAAAAUCUCUUUUUUAUUCUUCUA